GCCGACGACGCCGCGCCGCGCUGCGACGAUCCUGUCCUCGCCGAGACGGAGCGCAUCAAGGCCGUCCUCCUCAGCGACCAAGAGAAGCCGGAGGCCGAGUUGCUGGAGCUACUCCGGCGGCUGCAGGAGCUGGACCUCGCGUUCGACACCUUGGAUGCCACUGCGAUUGGCAAAGCAGUUGCCAACUUCCGGAAGCACAGCUCCAAGCAGAUUCGGAAUCUCGUGAGAUCGCUCAUCGAAGACUGGAAACACACAGUUGACGUGUGGAUUGCUCACCGCAGAGAUGCUGUUGUAGAUCAAACACCUCAGUCCAUGGGUCCUUCAAGCUUGGAGCAGGAGGAUCGAGGGGCGGCUUCCACCCACAUGGAUGAAGGCGACCUCUUCGCAACGCCGAGCACUACAAUUCGGCUGUCCGAGGAGAACAUGGAUGGCGAUGGAAGUGAGUGAUCAGAUUCUCGCUCUCAUCAAUCAAUCCCCUCCCUCCCUCUGACCAUUCUUGGUUAGGAAUUUGUAUUUACCAUCUCGGUCGGUUUGUGAAUUCCAAUUCAGGCAUCAUGACCAAUGACAGUAGGGACUGUGGGCAGCGGUACCCGAUGAUGAACCAAGAACCGGCUAGAAGGCCUCCGCCAAUGGGCCAGCGGUACGACCCAGAGCCAUGCUGGAGGCAGUCUCGGCCGCAGGAACUGAGCAACGGGCAGACAAAGGAGCAGUUCGUCGCGGAGAUGCUUGCCAGACCCUCGAGCGUGGAGUCGGGCCCCGGGAGACCGCAGGCGAGGCCUAGGCAGCAGCACCAGGACACCCCAGCAGCUCAAGCCAGGCCGCAGCCGGCUGCGUCCGAGAAACCGGCGGCUCAACUCGACGCGAACUCUGUGCGAGCGAAGCUGGAGCUCGCGAAGAACGCCAAGCUCGAGGCGACCAAGAGGAAGCUCCAGGAAGGGUACCAAGAAUCCGAUAACGGUAUGCGUGCUGCUGCUGCUGCUAUGGGUAUAGGAUAUCCAUCCUUCAUUGUGCUGGUGGUUCAUGCAUUGUGCUGUGCUGCUUGAUGGACCGAGAAUCUGAUCUCCAUUUUUUUUUCGGUUCUCUGCUUCGCGCCACCGCAGCGAAGAAGCAGAGGAACGUACAGAUGGUGGGUCCGCAGAACCUGCCCAAGCAAGGGAACACGAACAACAACCGUAGUUUCCAGCCUAGCGGUAGCGGCAGGCCAAGGAGUAGCGGCAACGUCAAUAGCAACAGGAACUGGUCAAGAUGAGAGGCACCGAUUCCAAUUCCGAUUCCAAUUCCUUCAAGAGCGGCAGGAUCCCUUUUCUUUUUCUUUUUCUUUUUACAUCGGCUACAACAAUUUUUAGUCUAGGCCAGUAGUACAUAAACAGCAAUAAGGCUUGUUUUCGGAAUUGCAUGUUUGGCAUGUCACAAUGCUCGGCUGGCUGGUCUUUGCCGAUGAAACCUGUAAAGAUAACACUACCAAAUUCUGAUCUUGAGCUUACU